AUGGACGACCCCAUGCUGGAUCAGAUGACCAAGCUAAGACUGAGACUCAUGGAGAGAAAGCUGCAAAAUGAAAGGAACCAUAUUGAUAGAAGAGCAGAGUCACCCCUCUCCACACGGAGCUGUGAGGAUCAGGAACUCGCACUGCACAGGGCAUUAAAGAGAAAGAGGAACUUACUGCAGAGGAUGAGGGAGGAGCACAUAUCAGAAGACCUGCGGCGCCCCCACACCUGGGGCGGGACACGUGGGUGGUCCAGGCAGAAUGCCCUGCCCCCCCUGCCGCCACACAGCCACGUGUGUCUCCCCCCGCCAGCCGCAGUCACGCAACCAUCCCAUACUGCUCAGCUGCCCCGGGUCCUUCAGCAGAUUCCACAGCAGCCGACAACCAUAAUUCAGCAGCUCCCACAACAGCAGCCUAUCAUCGCACAAGUGCCACCCCCGCUGCCAUUUUCAUCCAGCAAGUCAGGAAGCAUCAAAGAAGACAUGAUGGAGCUGAUGCUCAUGCAGAAUGCACAGAUGCACCAGAUCAUUAUGCACAACAUGAUGCUGAAGGCCAUCCCUCUUGGAGCACUCCCACCUCCUGGGGGCGCUGGUCAAGCGCCAGCUCGCCAACACCUCACUCAUCCGGGCCAGACAGAGAAGCCCAGAGGAUAUUCAGUUCAUCACCACCAUCACUACAGCAUUCCUGCAGUACCGUUACCUCCCAUUGGCUGUCCCCUGGCCUCUCCAGUGAUGUCACCGGCAGGACAGGGAGGGACCUUUCAUCCAACAUUGCAUCACAUGACUGGCCCCAUCAUGCUGUCACCUCUAAAUACUGGGCCAGGGAAUCAGGAGAGCACACUGGGGCUGGAGGGCAAGAGACAGGGUGGAGAACAGGAUGACCAGCGACACCUGCUGGCCAAACAGGGAGGAGACGUGAAGCUAUAG